UAGUUACCGGUUAGAGCCGAGUGGGGCCGAACAAAUGGCAGAAGAAAAUGCCCCUUCAAUAUUAACUACUUUGGCAGUUCCCCAAUCAUUUGAUAAUGGAGGAGGAGGACAAAAAGAAAAUGAACAAAAAAUAAGUAUACAAUCAACAACGAGCAAAAAAAGUGUUCGAUUUAAAGAAUUGGAUACUCCAGAAAUUUGGUUAAACGAAGAUUUUAAUAAAAGUUUUAAUCAAACAAAGUUUGGAAUUACUUUAAAAGAGAUGGUUAAAAAAACAAGAAAAGCUCUCUCAUGGAAAAAUCUUCGACUUAUGGUAGGUAAAUAUAGAUAA